CCGACUCCAGGUGACUCCGGGCAGGGAGGGGAACGUGUCUCCGUCAGCUGAUCGAGUCCCGUGCAACCGGCGAGUUAUCGGGGACGAAGCUGCGGGAGCGCGCGGACAGUGGCCAGCCGCGGAAUAGUUGUGUGCUGCAGCCACGAAGGAGGGUGAUGGAAGGGCGUCAAGAGGCUGGGAAGGAGAACAAGCCCUCCUCCAUAUCAGUGGACCCGCAGGGAGACAGCUCCUUACAGGUGGAGAUCUCUGAUGCAGUGAGUGAGCGGGACAAGGUGAAAUUCACUGUUCAAACCAAGAGCUGCCUCCCUCACUUCGCCCAAACGGAAUUCUCAGUUGUGCGGCAGCACGAGGAGUUCAUCUGGCUCCACGAUGCCUACGUGGAAAAUGAGGAGUACGCCGGCCUCAUUAUCCCCCCAGCCCCUCCAAGGCCAGACUUUGAGGCUUCGAGGGAAAAGCUGCAGAAGUUGGGCGAGGGGGACAGCUCCAUCACGCGGGAAGAGUUUGCCAAAAUGAAGCAGGAGCUGGAAGCGGAGUACCUGGCAAUCUUCAAGAAGACAGUCGCGAUGCAUGAGGUCUUUCUGCAACGCCUGGCGGCCCACCCCACCCUGCGUCGAGACCACAACUUCUUUGUCUUUUUGGAAUAUGGCCAGGAUCUCAGUGUCCGAGGAAAGAACAGGAAGGAGCUCCUUGGGGGAUUUCUGAGGAAUAUCGUCAAGUCUGCAGAUGAAGCCCUCAUCACCAGCAUGUCAGGGCUCAAGGAGGUGGAUGACUUCUUUGAGCAUGAGAGGACCUUCCUGCUGGAGUACCACACCCGGAUCCGGGAUGCCUGCCUGCGGGCAGACCGUGUCAUGCAGUCCCACAAGUGCCUGGCAGAUGAUUAUAUCCCUAUCUCCGCUGCACUGAGCAGUCUGGGAACACAGGAAGUCAACCAGCUAAAGACGAGCUUCCUCAAAUUGGCAGAACUCUUUGAACGACUAAGGAAGCUGGAAGGCCGAGUGGCCUCUGACGAGGACCUCAAGCUGUCAGACAUGCUGAGAUACUACAUGCGAGACUCACAGGCGGCCAAGGACCUGCUGUACCGGCGGCUGCGGGCGCUGGCCGACUACGAGAACGCCAACAAGGCACUGGACAAGGCACGUACUAGGAACCGGGAGGUGCGGACCGCGGAGAGCAACCAGCAACUGUGCUGCCGACGCUUCGAACGCCUCUCUGACUCAGCCAAGCAGGAGCUCAUGGAUUUCAAGUCCCGCCGUGUGUCCUCCUUCCGCAAGAACCUCAUCGAGUUGGCAGAGCUGGAGCUCAAACACGCUAAGGCCAGCACCCUCCUUCUCCGGAACACCCUUGUCGCGCUCAAGGGGGAGCCUUAGAGCAGCCAGAGCCUGCUCUGGGGCCUUUUAGUGGCAAGAGCCCCCCCCUCCCCUUCUCACCCCAACAAGAUGCCACCCCCACAGCAGCCACUAGCCAGGCCCCAUGACCUCCCGGGGUAAGGGCAAGCCCAAGCCCUACUCCCACCCAAAGGUGUCAGGUCCUACAAAAGGAAGAUAGGGCAGCAUGAGUACCAUCCUUGGUCACAGGUAAGCAGAACCCCAGCUUUGGGGAGGCCUGGGACCUGGACCUCCCUCCUCUCCUGGGGACCAAGGGGCAGCCCCCACACCUUGUCCCCCAUCCCACCCCCAGAGUUCAUUUGUCCCCAUCCUGUUCACAAAUAAAGAACUUGGUUCUUG